AUGGCCUGGUCGAUGAAGCACACGCUGCUGGCCGCACCCAACAUAUUGAUACCAAUUGCGGUCUUGACUUUUGCUUCCGGCUUCUUUCCCUACAAGCCCUUCCUACCAGGCUUAGCUGAAUAUCAGAAGCUUAACUAUGGAGUCCCGCCCAAGGCACCCUUCGACAAGCUUGUCUUUAUGGUCGUCGAUGCGUUACGAAGGCAGGGUUGA